AUGGCGUCCUGGCCUCCUCUGAACAAUCGCUCGACUCCUGCUGAUGGUAUGACUGCAGGACCAUCUGCUCCGGUGAAUGGCAACACCAAUGCAACACACACUGGUCACAUUCCUACCACCCCUGCCACCCCUGUUAUCGGAUCGAGCAACAAUGAGGUAACAUUUGAUCCUCAAUCGCAAUCCAACCCCUAUUUUCUUCACAUCAGUGAGAAUCCAGCACUUGAACUGGUUUCCACCCCCCUUGAUGGUGCGAAUUACCAUUCUUGGGCUAGGGCAAUGACCAUGGCCUUGUCGUGCAAAAACAAGGUCCCAUUCAUCAAUGGAAGUAUUCUGAAACCUUCCACAGAAAACCUAGAUAGAUAUCUCACCUGGGAAAGGUGCAACAAUAUAGUGUCCACUUGGAUUGUGCGCACCCUUUCACCAACCAUUGCACGCAGUGUGCUGUGGAUUGAUACUGCAUAUGGUAUCUGGAAUGACCUAAGAAGGAGAUUUAGUCAGCAAGAUUUGUUUCGGAUUGCUGAAAUUAAGUGUGAGAUCUAUCAAACCAAGCAGAAUGAUGAUUCCUUGAACGAGUAUUUCACCAGGCAGAAGUUGCUAUGGGAUGAGUUGGGUAUUCUUAGACCCCAGCUGAGCUGCCUUUGCAGCACAAAAUGCGAGUGUGGAAAGAGAAUUGAUGAACUGAAUGAACAAGUAGAGAAGGACAAGCUGUCUAUCUUUCUAAUUGGCUUGCAUGAGAAGUAUACAGGGGCUGGAAAUCAAAUCAUGUUGAUGAGGCCCUUACCUGAUGUUAAUGAAGCAUAUUCUAUGAUUGCCCAGCAAGAGAGACAAUUCCACAUGGCCAGCAAUGGUUUUGGAGGCCAAAUAUAUCAAGCAGGAGAAAAUAAUGUUGCUGGUAGCACUCUCUUGGCUAGAUCAGAAAGCAAUUACCAACAAGGGUUCAAGAAAGCUAAUCACAAGAAGCCAGUGUGUACUUACUGUGGGUAUACAGACCAUACUCAUGAUAAGUGCUACAAAAAGCAUGGGUAUCCCCCAGGGUGGAAAUCAAGGCCAAAAAGUCAGUCUGUUAAUCAAACUCAAGGUCCUCUUGCAGCACAGCAACAAUACAACCCUGAAGAUAAUAAGUCUUUUACCCAAGAUGACUUCAGAAGGUUCAUGGAGUUCAUGCAUGCUAAGAAAUCAUAUGGGGAUUGCUUGAAUUCACCUUUUGAUCACCAGCAGACUUCACAGGCCUUGGCCAAUACUGUGGCAGUAGAUUUCCAAAAGGAAGGUAUGUCUCCUUCAAUCAAUGCUGUUAGAUCAAAUAAGACUGAUUGGAUCAUUGAUAGUGGUGCCACACACCACAUUGUGUGUGAUUUAAAGAUGUUGAAAAAUCAGAAAAAGGCUCACAACAUGUAUGUUAAUAUGCCAAAUGGCCAACAAGCUGCUAUUCAAUUCACAGGGACAGUUUGCUUAUCUGAAAAUCUUGUGUUGCAUAAUACUCUUUACAUCCCUGAGUUUCACUAUAACUUGGUCUCAGUUGGUGCCUUCAUAAAAGAUUCAAGUUAUGUUGUAAAGAUGUACUCUGACCAGUGUGUUAUACAGGAUGCUUCUCAUGGGAGAAUGAUUGGAAGGGCUGAGCUGAUGAAUGGCUUGUAUUACCUAGUUUUUCCUUGUUUUACACAUCCUGUAUGUAGUUCUAUUUCUGUUGAAAACAAAUGUAUUCUUUAG